GCGCCGCGCAGGCGCACUUCUGCCUUCUUUCUGCCGGCGAGGCGCGGGCCGCAGCCAUGGGCCGCCGACCCGCCCGCUGUUACCGAUACUGCAAGAACAAGCCCUACCCAAAGUCCCGUUUCUGCAGAGGUGUUCCCGAUGCUAAGAUCAGAAUCUUUGAUCUUGGUCGGAAAAAAGCCAAAGUUGACGAGUUCCCACUUUGCGGGCACAUGGUGUCAGACGAAUAUGAGCAGUUGUCGUCUGAAGCUCUUGAGGCUGCCCGUAUCUGUGCCAACAAGUACAUGGUGAAGAGCUGUGGCAAGGACGGCUUCCACAUACGUGUGCGCCUCCACCCCUUCCACGUCAUCCGUAUCAAUAAGAUGUUGUCAUGUGCUGGAGCUGAUAGGCUCCAGACGGGAAUGCGUGGCGCCUUUGGCAAGCCUCAGGGCACUGUGGCUCGUGUACACAUCGGCCAGGUCAUCAUGUCUAUUCGCACCAAAGUGCAGAACAAGGAGCACGUCGUUGAGGCGCUGCGCAGGGCCAAGUUCAAGUUCCCUGGCCGUCAAAAGAUCCACAUCUCCAAGAAAUGGGGCUUCACCAAAUUCAAUGCUGACGAGUUUGAGGAAAUGGUAGCUGAGAAGCGCCUCAUCCCAGAUGGAUGUGGAGUAAAAUACAUCCCCAACAAAGGCCCCUUGGACAAGUGGCGUGUGCUGCAUGCAGCGUGAGCAGCUCAGGCACUCUUGGCUCCCCCUGCCCAGCUGUCGCCUUCAAGGAUGUUUAAUUAAAAAAUAUAUUGUUGGUA